AUGGCAUCCAUACUCUCGCCGCGCUCCGUGCUCGCAAAGGACCGGCAUCAGCACCAACACACCGCCUCGUCGUCCUCGACCGCCGAUCCUUCGUCGUCAUCCACCUCAGGCGAGGGAUCCAUCGGUGCCCACAAUACCAGCGGCGAUGCAGGGAUACAGCAGGAAGGCGUCGCCCUGGGUGUGGACACCGCAGCCACCUCGUCGUCCCCCUCGCAGUCGAUGCUCUCGUCGCUCAUGGCCGACAAUCCCAUCUUCUCGGGCGGCCUGGGCCUCAUGGUCUUUGGCGGCACGCUCGCGAUCCUCCGUCGCGGCGUCAAGGUGGCCGCCUCGACUGCACAGCGCAGGCUGCUCAUCUCGCUCGAGAUCCCAUCAAAGGACCGCGCCCACCCCUGGUUCCUCCACUGGAUGGGCGCGCAGGCGCAGGCCCAGAACAUGCGUCAACGCGGCCUCCUCCCCGGCCAUCGAAAGGAAGGCUGGAGAGAGUUCCUCGGCGUCCUCAAGGAGAGCAACGCUACCUCCUCCAGGAACGCCAAGGGCAAGGCGCCGGACCGCUCCGGAAAGGGGCCGCGCGACCCUCUGCAGCUCUCAACCGGCGGCUCGAGCGUCUCGCCGGUCCGCAUCUACAGCCACGACCUCUCGGUCGAGACGAGCUACAAGCCGCACUCGUCGGCCAACGCCCAGAAUGCGGGGCACGCCGAGCGCGGACAGGCCAGCUUCUCGCUGGUGCCAGGGCCCGGCACGCACUGGCUGCGCUACCGCGGCACCUGGAUGCGGCUGCAGCGCGAGCGCGACGGCAAGAUGGUCGACCUGUCGACGGGCGCGCCCUGGGAGACGGUGACGCUCACCACCCUCUUCACCCAGUCCCACCUGUUUGCCCAGCUGCUCGACGAGGCGCGCCAGCUCGCGCUCGCCUCGACCGAGGGCAAGACGGUCAUCUAUACCAGCUGGGGCCCCGAGUGGCGCCCUUUUGGCCAGCCCCGCCGCACCCGCGAGCUGGGCAGCGUGGUGCUGGGCAGGGGCAAGAAGGAGGCCAUCGUCGGCGACGUGCGGCGCUUCCUCGAGCGCGGCAAGUGGUACGCCGAGCGCGGCAUCCCCUACCGCCGCGGCUACCUGCUGCACGGCGCGCCCGGCUCGGGCAAGUCGUCGUUCAUCACGGCGCUGGCGGGCCACCUCGACUUCAACAUCUGCCUGCUCAACCUGUCUGAGCGCGGCCUGACCGACGACAAGCUCAAUCACCUCCUCUCCAACGCGCCGGAGCGGUCCAUCCUGCUGCUCGAGGACGUCGACGCCGCGUUCCUCGGGCGCCAGCAGACGGCCGAGGACGGCUACCAGGCCUCGGUGACGUUUUCUGGCCUGCUCAACGCGCUCGAUGGCGUGGCGAGCGGCGAGUCGCGCAUCAUCUUUAUGACGACCAACCACGUCGAGAAGCUCGACCCGGCCCUCAUCCGACCGGGCCGCGUCGACAUGAUUGCCGAGCUCGGCGAUGCGGAGCGCGGCCAGGUUGAGGAGCUGAUGCGGCGCUUCUACCGCAACACGAUGCGCGAUCAGAUCCUCCGCGACAGGCGCGUCGGCGAAGCAGGGGGCGGCGGCAGCGGUAGCGGCAGCGAUGCUGCGACUGGCGCCGUGCCCAGCGCCGGGAGCGACAGCGAGGCGGCAUCGGAUGGCGGCAUCGUCAUGGUCGGGCACAGGCAGGGCGCCAGCGAUGCGGUCGAGACCGACGGCGGCAGCGAGGGGGCGACGACGGCGGUACCGGCGAGCCUGGUCGAAGAGGCGACGCGGCAGGCCGACGAGGAGAUUGACGCGCUCGCCGACGAGUUUGGCCGGCUGGUCGAGAUCGAAGCCGCGGACCGCAGGAGGGCGCUCGGCCUCGACCCGAGCGGCAGGGCGCGCGUCUCAUCGUCGCCGCCCAGCUCCGCAUCGUCCGACGCAGUCAAAGACACGGCGGAUACGGCGUCGCGAGCGGCUGCGGCUGCGGCUGCGGCUGCGGCGCGCACGGUGCGCCCUCUGCCCGCGGCGUCGGGCGGCGUCAGCAUGGCGGAGCUGCAGGGCCUCUUUAUCCGCUUCCCCGACGACCCAAGGGGCGCCGUCGAGGCGUUCAAGCUCGAGAACCAGGCGCGCAGGCAGCAGCAGGAGGAACUGGCGGCGGCGGCGUAG